CUUUCAACUUUAGCCCUUCUGUAAAAUUUCUCUCUCAAUUUUUUUUCUAUUCAAAUGGCUGGAUUCCGAUUGCCCCCGGAAGAUUCUGAGCUUUUUCAGCCGCAGCAGCAGACCCGACCCACGCCCGAUCUGGUCUCCGAUGAUGAGCGCUCAGUUGCGGCGGACUCCUGGUCUAUAAAGAGUGAAUAUGGAAGCACUCUUGACGAUGAUCAGCGCCAUGCCGACGCCGCCGAGGCACUCUCCUCCGGCAACUUCCGUGCUUCCUCUGAUUACAAUUCUGAUAAGGAGGAGCCAGAUCCAGAUGGAAUUACAUCAAUGCUAGGUCGUCAAAGUUACUGGGAUGCUGCAUAUGCAGAUGAGUUGGCAAAUUUUCGUGAACAUGGCCAUUCUGGUGAAGUUUGGUUUGGAGCUGAUGUCAUGGAUGUUGUUGCUUCUUGGACGAAAAGUUUGUGCAUUGAAAUAUCUCUAGGUCGCAUGCCGAAUCCUGGUGAUGAUUUUAAGUCUGAGCCUGUCGAAGAGAGUGAUAAGUACCUGUCUGGUUGGAGUAUACUUGAUGUUGGGACUGGCAAUGGUCUGCUCCUUCAAGAACUUGCUAAGCAGGGGUUCACUGAUCUAACUGGAGUUGAUUAUAGUGAAGAUGCAAUCAACCUGGCUCAAAGCAUUUCUAAUCGUGAUGGCUUUUCUAAUAUUAAUUUCUUGGUUGAUGAUGUUCUCGAAACAAAGCUUGAGAGACAAUUUAGGCUUGUCAUGGAUAAAGGGACUUUAGAUGCCAUUGGAUUGCAUCCUGAUGGACCCCUCAAAAGGAUCAUGUAUUGGGAUUCAGUUUCUAAGUUGGUGGCUCCUGGUGGAAUAUUGGUGAUCACAUCAUGUAACAGUACAAAAGAUGAGUUGAUACAAGAAGUGCUAAAUUUAAACCAAAGAAAGAUUGAUGUAUCCCAGGAACCUGAUAACUCAAAAGAACAAGAAGCAAAUAGAGAGCCUCCAUUUCGAUAUCUGAAUCAUGUUCGCACGUACCCAACAUUCAUGUUCGGUGGAGUAGAGGGAUCGCGUGUUGCCACUGUGGCAUUUCUUCGGAACUGAGAAUCAAUUAAUCAUUGUGUUAUGGUGGGUUGUAGUUUUAGGCUUUGUUUUGUUAUGGAUUGAGUUGGAAGUGUGUGUGCAGAACGGGUGGAACCGUGGAAGUUAACAGUGAUGUGUUUGAAAAAUGAUGAAAUUCAUUGAAUCCUUUGCUAUUAAGAACAUGCCAUUUA